UGUUUACUUUUUUAUUUGAUAGAUGUGAAGUUUAGAAGUAUAAGUAAAAAGAAUGGGUCUAUUUGGGAAAGAGAAAAAAGAAAACCCAAAGGAAAUGGUGAAUCAGUGGACCCACAAUUUGAGGAAGGAAGGGUACAACAUAGAUAGACAGAUAAGAGGAAUUCAGAGAGAAGAAGAAAAAGUUAAAAGAUCUCUGAAGGAAUCAGCUAAAAAAGGAGAGAAAGAAUCUUGUAAAAUCCUCGCCAAAGAAAUCGUCAGAUCACGUAAAGCUGUCAACAGACUCUACACAUCCAAGGCACACAUGAAUUCAGUUCAAAUGCAGAUGAAAAAUCAGCUAGCAACCUUAAGGAUAGCAGGUGCCCUGGAGAAGAGUACAGAGGUGAUGAAGUCCAUGCAGGCUUUGAUUAAAAUCCCAGAAAUCCAGGCCACUAUGAGAGAAAUGUCUAAAGAAAUGAUGAAGGCAGGCAUUCUGGAGGAAAUGUUAGAGGAUACAAUGGAGACCCUGGAUGAUGAUGAACUGGAGGAAGAAGCUGACUCAGAGGUUGAAAAAGUCCUUUAUGAACUCACUGCAGGAGAGCUUGGGAAAGCCCCUGCAGCUGUUGCCGACACACUUCCUGUUCCGGAGCCAGAGGGUGCCACUGCCAUGUCAGAUGAAGAAGAUGAAGAUCUCACAAGUCGACUGGAGGCGCUACGCAGCUGAUGACAGAAUCAAAGAUUAUUUAAUUUGUUUUUAUAUUGAUAAUAUUAUUGAAAAUACAUGUUUUUUGGAUUUUGUGCAGACUUUUUACAUUGUGAUAAAAUAGUUGGAAGUUUAUUUAAACUGCCAAACUCUAGUAAAUCAUUGUACAAAUUGAUGCACUAUAGCUGUAUAUACUCAAUGUGUAGGCCAUUGUAUAAGAUGGACAUAAGGGUGACCCUUGGUUAUGCACUGACAUUGAGGAUACUUUAUAUCAGGAACUACUACACAAGUCUCAUUGACAAACACAUACUAGUAUGAAAGUAAAUAUUCUCAUUAUUUAUAUUAUUUUUAUAGAAAUACAGUCAAAUUUGUUAUCUUGAAUUCGAUUGGACCAAGAUUAAACUUCGGAGAUAUCUGAGGAUUUGAUAUAAUAAAUAUUAAGAAAAAUUCACUGUGACUGCCAAACCACUUUGACAUAUCCCUUCAGGCUUGUUUUUGAGAUAUUCGACGUUCAAGAUGAUGGAAGUUCCACUGUAUGUCUUUCAUAGAAAAGAUGGAAAUUUUUGAAGUUGAGAAUCUUCAAGACAUCUCUGUGAAUGUCAACAAAAGUCAAUAUAUGGAAUUGACUUGCUUAGUAUGUAAAUGUCUGCAAAUGAACAAACUAGUGGCAUUUUUAUUUACCAUGGAAUCAUUUUAAUUCAAAGGGUUCAAUGUUCAUGGGCUGUCAAAAUUUUACUGGACUAUUUUGUGAGUAUUAUAACUGGUACAGAAGGUUCAAACAAUGAAUAGAGAUGUCGGAUGAUAGAAGAAAAUUCGUGGUUAAGGAUGACCCAUGAAAUCUGUGAGCAUUGGCUUCUUCAAAACAAAAAAAAUAUUCUACACUAUUCAAAGCUGCAUUAUUUAAUAGUAUAUUUCAUGACAGACAGAAUGCAUUUAGUGAUGAAAUUGUCAGAUGAUAGGACAUAUCAAUACUUUUUUCACUUACUUGUGUGCUGUUUGCCUAUAAUCUGUCAUUAUCCAUAUAGCCAGGUUGAGGACUCAGGAUACAUACACAGCUGAUCACAUUCCUGGUUAAUCCAUGAGCAUUACAAGUAUAUUUACAAUAGAACUCUAAACCUCAGUUCACAUUUUAACAGCUAAAAUAAGAAUCCAGAUAUGAAAACCAUCCUUUUGUGUCUAUUUCUUGUAAUUCUGAAUUUUUAUAUGAACAGCUAUUUUUCUUAGUUUAAAUGUCAUAUUGUAAAUAUUGCUUUGUAUGUAUACUUCAGUUUUUGAAUCAUUUAUCAGAAUGUUUUAUAAUAUGCAAUACUAUUAUAUCAUUAAGUUUUAUGCAACACUACAUGUAUAUCCUUUACUUUUUUUCCCAAUGAAAUAUGUUUUUGUAGAUGAAACUUUGGUUAAGUAUACAUUACUUAAAAAUAUGUAUUUUUUCUCAUGAGAACAAUGUUGAUAUUUGAAUUUUUAUAUAUAUAUUUAGUCCAGGAAUUCUCUCCAUUUGUUGAUCAGUUAGACAUGUACCAGAAAAUAUGUGUUGAAAGAAUUUAAUUCAGAACUCCAGAUACACUUGUAUUUUCAUAUAAUAAACUGUACCAAAAAAAGCUUGAUACAUUGAUGAAUGCACUCUCAUUCAAAACAUAUAUUUAUUUGGAACUGUUAUGAUUUAUUUAUGCAUCUUUUUUCAUCUUAGAAUUUUUUUUGUACCAUUAGCUUUAUAAAAACUCAUGGAAUUUGUGACAAGUGCUAGUAGCUUACAGUUUUAGAUUUGUUGUAAUCACAUUAUGAAAGUAGUUAAAAUUAUAGGCAUAAUUCUUAAAAGAAAUUUUGGGGGUUUUGAUUUCUAAAAGAUGGAUUCAUUUAGAAAUGUUUAGAGUGUAAAUGGGUUGAAUAUGGUUAUAAAUAUUUCAACAAAUCCAGAGUAGACUGUAGCCUCAAAAAUAUUAUGCAAUGUUUAGCCAAACAUAUUUUUUUUACAAUAUUGUAAAGGACUUGCAUGUACCAGCUUUCACUUGUACAAGUAACAUAAUGUAUCAGGUUUCACAUUAGAAUUUUUAGUAAAACAAUGUAUCAGGUUUUGCGUUUGAUUUUUUGUUAUGACUCAUUUUCUCAUGUGUCAGAUAAAGUACUUGUUACCAUGA